AUGGCGCCCCGACAGAAACGUGAAAAGUCGCCCUGCUACGUGCUCGGCGUCGGCAUGACCAAGUUCAUCAAGCCCCGCGGCAAGGUUGACUACACGGAGCUCGGCUUCGAGGCCGGCGUGAAGGCCAUGCUCGACGCCCAGAUCAACUACGACGAUGUCGAACAGGGCGUCGCCUGCUACUGCUACGGCGACAGCACCUGCGGCCAGCGCGUCUUCUACCAGUUCGGCAUGACGGGCAUCCCCAUCUACAACGUCAACAACAACUGCUCCACGGGGUCCACCGGCCUCGCCAUGGGCCGCACCUUCAUCUCGUCCGGCGCCGCCGACUGCGUCCUCGUCGUCGGCUUCGAAAAGAUGAUGCCCGGGUCGCUGCAGAGCUUCUUCAACGACCGCGAGAACCCCACCAUGACGACCGUCAAGAUGAUGGCCGAGACCAGGGGGUUCACCAACGCCCCCGGCGCCGCGCAGAUGUUUGGCAACGCCGGGCGGGAGUACAUGGAGAAGUACGGCGCCAAGGCCGAGGACUUUGCCGAGAUCGCCCGCGUGAACCACGCCCACUCCGCCAAGAACCCCUACUCCCAGUUCCAGGACGUCUACACGCGCGAGCAGAUCCUCCAGGCUCCCGAGAUCUUCGCGCCCCUCACCAAGCUGCAGUGCUGCCCCACGUCCGAUGGCGGCGCCGCCGCCGUCCUCGUCUCCCAGGCCUUCCUCGACGAGCGGCCGCACCUCAAGGACCAGGCCGUCCUCGUCGCGGGCCAGUGCCUCGCCACCGACGCGCCCUCGCUCUUCUCACGCUCCGCCAUCGACCUCAUGGGCUUCGAGAUGACGCAGGUGGCCGUCCGCACCGCCAUGGCCGAGGCCGGCCUCACCCCCAAGGACGUCCAGGUCGUCGAGCUGCACGACUGCUUCUCCGCCAACGAGAUGAUCGUGCUGGACGCCCUCGGCCUCGCCGGGCCGGGCAAGGCGCACGAGCUGGUCCGCAGCGGCGACAUCACCUACGGCGGCAGGUACGUCGUCAACCCCUCCGGGGGGCUCAUCUCCAAGGGCCACCCGCUCGGCGCGACCGGCAUCGCGCAGUGCGCCGAGCUGGUCUGGCACCUGCGCGGCUGGGCGAACAACCGUGCUGUUCCGGCCACCAAGGCGGCGCUGCAGCACAACCUGGGCCUCGGCGGCGCCGUCGUCGUCACCGUCUACCGCCGGGCGGACGGGAAGGAGGCGCCCAAGGUCGACUCGGCGACCGUGGGUAGGCUCAACAAGCUCGGGUACAACCCGGCGGUCGAGGCCAAGGGCUUCACGGCGCAGCAGGCGGAUGCCGUCAGGAGCCGGACGAAGAAGAGCGACUGGGCGCUGCAGGACACGCAGGAGAAGGUUGAGGCGCGGUUUUAG